AACAAACAACGGAAUCUUAAACUCAUCACCCCUCACGAUAAUCUCUCUUGAGCCACCAUAACCAAACUUGAUCGAAAAACAUGACGAUGAGAACGUUGAAAGAAUUCCAGAUACUCGACGAGAAAUCAUUAGUAGAAUAUAUAAAAAGAACACCAUCUUUAUCUUCAAAACUAGGAAAUGAUGACAACAACAACUUGAUUAUCAAACAAGUUUGUGAUGGAAAUAUUAAUUUUGUUUACAUCAUUAUCUCCCCAUCAACUGGUUCUAUUGUCAUUAAACAGGCUAGGCCAUAUGUUCGUUGCGUAGGUGAAUCAUGGCCAGUGACUACGGAAAGAUCUUAUUUUGAAGCCACAGCUCUUAAACGUCAGCAUGGUUUGUCACCCAAACACGUUCCGGAGGUUUAUCACUUUGACAGAGAAUUGUCGGUGAUUGGUAUGCGAUACAUAGAGCCUCCACAUAUAAUCCUAAGGAAAGGGUUGAUCGUUGGGGUUGAGUAUCCCUUGUUAGCUGAACAUAUGGCAGAGUUUAUGGCUAACACUAUGUUUUACACCUCUCUUCUUUAUCUUACAACCACAGAACAUAAAAGUGCAGUGGCUGAAUUUUGUGCAAAUGUGGAGAUGUGCAGGCUGACCGAGCAACUUGUGUUUUCAGACCCUUACAAAAUCUCUCAACUUAAUCGUUGGACUACACCUUAUCUUGAUAGUGAUGUUGAGGCAGUUCAAAAUGACAAAAUACUAAAGCUGGAAGUUGCUGAGCUAAAGUCUAAGUUCUGCGAGAAUGCACAAGCAUUAAUUCAUGGCGAUCUCCAUACUAGUGCAGUCAUGGUUACUUGUGAAUCGACUCAAGUCAUUGAUCCAGAAUUUGCUUUCUAUGGGCCAAUGGGGUUUGAUGUUGGUGCUUUUCUUGGAAACUUGUUUUUGGCAUAUUUCUCUCAAGAUGGACAUGCUGAUGAAAGGAAUGACCGAAAAACAUAUAAAGCAUGGAUAAUAGAUACGAUAGUCGACACAUGGAAUUUCUUUAACAAAAAGUUUACCAAUCUUUGGGAUAUACACAAGGAGGGUCCUGGUGAGGCAUACCUUCAUGAAGUUUAUAAUGAUCUUGAGCUCCGGGAGCUUGUAAAACAGAAAUACAUGUAUGAUUCGUUUCACGAUUCCCUCGGAUUUGCUGCUGCCAAUAUGAUAUGGCGGAUUGUUGGGUUUUCUCAUGUUGAGGAUUAUGAGUCAAUCAUUGAUCUUGUAAAACGAGCAGAUUGUGAACGGCGGGCUCUUGACUUUGCCAAAACACUUAUGAAGAAACGAAGAACUUUCAACAAAAUUACUGAUGUUGUCUCUGCGGCUCAGUAACUACAUAUGCGAUGUGAUUGUUUUGCAAAUAUUAUGGCUCAUAGAACAACAUACUACACCUGUAUUCUUGGCUUGUUUGCUUAAUUCUGUACUACAUAGUUACCAAAUAGGAGCCUUGUACUGGCAUUGUAGUCAAAGUGUUAAAGUUUAGUUAUUAAACGUCUUUAUUUCAUCGCUGAUAAGCGAUAAGAUAUGUAUAAGGUGCGAUUAUUUUUUCUAACCAAUUUCAGUU